AAAGCUUAUGUCAUCCACUCCUUAUAAUCAUCCCUCCUGCAGGUGUUCAGAAGCUGCCCACACUGCUCUGCUGAAAGACUUUUUCGGAUCUAAAUACUAGCAGGCUGUACAGAGAAACACAGGUGUCUAACAGCAUGAAGUGCCUGAACAACCGGGCUGAGAGCCAUCUAACCGGGCAGGUAGAGUGUGAGCUGGACAACAUGGGCAAAGGGGGCUGGGUGAACCAUGGCUACUGUGGCUCUCCUCCGCCCCUGCCCCGACCUGUCAACACCAUCUACAACCCUCAGCCCCUCUAUCAGAGCUCCAUGGACAGCAUGUACAAAGUGGAUCCCCCUGGCCUGUUCCACCAUCCACCAGAAGAACCAUCAUCCACUGGGCAAAGUCUGGUGAAGAAACAAAGAGGCUGCUGUGCUUUUAUCAAAGGUUUGUGGGGCACAACACUGACUGAAAACACCGUGAACAACAAGGAGCUGUAUGUCAAAACCACGCUGCGGGAGCUAUUUAUCUACCUGGUGUUCCUGGUAGACAUAUGCCUGUUGACAUACGGUAUGACCAACUCAAGCGCCUACUACUACACCAAUGCCAUGACGAACCUGUUUGUGAACACCCCUAGUGAUAAUGGGGUUAAUUUUGGGUCCAUUGGCUCCAUGGCUGACUUCUGGACUUUUGCCCAAGGUCCAUUACUAAGUGGCCUCUACUGGACUAAAUGGUACAAUAACCAGUCCCUGGACCAUGGAGACCAGUCCUAUAUCUACUAUGAGAACAUGCUACUGGGAGUUCCCAGAAUGAGGCAGAUUAAGAUCAAGAACAACUCCUGCAAGGUCCCCAAAGAUUUCCAAGAAGAAAUCAUGGAAUGUUAUGCUGUUUACAAUGAAAAGAAGGAGGAUGACCUUAGCUUUGGUCUCAUCAAUGGCACCGCCUGGACCUACCACACAGAGAAAGAGAUCAAGGGUUCCUCGUACUGGGGCUUGAUAGCCACCUACAGUGGAGCAGGAUACUAUCAAGACCUGGGUCGGACCAAUGAUGAGAGUGCCAAAAUACUAACAGAACUGCAGGACAACCUUUGGCUGGACCGAGGAACCAGAGUAGUCUUCAUUGACUUCUCCACUUACAAUGCAAACAUCAACAUGUUCUGUGUCAUUAGCUUGGUGGUUGAGUUCCCAGCGACUGGGGGAGCCAUCUCUUCCUACCAGAUCAGAACAGUCAAACUGAUUCGCUAUGUCACCAGCUGGGAUUACUUUGUCCUUGGCUGUGAGAUGGUUUUCUGCUUAUUUAUCAUCUACUAUAUUGUGGAGGAGAUUCUGGAGCUUCAAAUACACAAAUUCUCCUAUUUCAAUAGCAUCUGGAACAUAUUGGAUAUUGUUGUCAUAUUGCUUGCCGUUGUUGCCAUUGUAUUCAAUGUUUUCCGAACUGUCAAAGUGGACAAUCUACUUGGCAAACUUCUAGAACAACCUAAUAUGUAUCCUGAUUUUGAAUUUCUGGCAUUCUGGCAAACACAGUUCAACAACAUGAAUGCAGUGAACUUGUUCUUUGCUUGGAUCAAGAUUUUCAAAUACAUCAGCUUUAAUAAGACCAUGAGUCAGCUGUCCUCCACACUGGGUCGAUGUGCUAAAGAUAUCCUGGGAUUCGCCAUCAUGUUCUUCAUUGUCUUCUUUGCUUAUGCUCAGCUUGGAUAUUUGCUCUUUGGAACAGAGGUUCAGUCCUUCAGCACCUUUGUCAAGUGCAUCUUCACACAGUUUAGGAUUAUUCUUGGAGACUUUGAUUUUGAUGCUAUCGACAAUGCUAACAGAGUUCUGGGACCGAUCUACUUUGUCACCUAUGUGUUCUUUGUUUUUUUCGUUCUGCUGAACAUGUUUCUGGCCAUAAUAAAUGACACAUAUUCUGAGGUUAAGGAGGAGCUCUCAUCCCAGCAGGAUGAUCUGCACAUUACUGACAUCAUCAAACAGAGCUAUAUGAAAACAUUUAUGAAGUUGAAACUUAAAAAGGAGAAAAUAUCAGAUGUUCAGAAGGCCCUACGGUCUGGAUCUGGAGAAAUUGAAUUCAAGGACUUCAGAGAAACUCUGAAAGAGAUGGGACAUGCUGAUCAUGAAAUCACUGCAGCCUUUUCACGAUUUGAUCGUGACGGCAACCAAAUUCUAGACGAAGAAGAACAAGAGAAGAUGAAAAUGGAGCUGGAGCAAAAAAGGGAUGCUCUUAAUGCUGAAAUCAACAAUCUUGGAAUUAAUUAUGGGAAAUAGUUACUGGGGAAGCCUCCUAUAACCCCCAGUGAGCAGAAGAACCACUCUAAUAAAACAUUUGUGGACUGGGACCAGUUUCAAAGAAUGGGAGGACAGGUUCUCCAUCUUGAACGUACUGUGGCAGACAUCACAUGCAGGGUUGAGUUGAUCAUGGAGAAACUGGGAUUACAAGAAAAAGCCAAAGGAAACAGAAUGGCAGGGAAACUGUCUGCAACAAACAAUAAUGGUGAUGAAACUGCCUCAGAUGGGAGCGUCCUGGUUAGUGUGGACAGAGGGACAAAGGCAGAGAUAUCAUCCAGGAGACCAGUACUGUAGUUCACCCCGACUGUCAAAUGUGAGAGGCCUCCAAGAAACAGAAUCAUGGGUUAUCUCAAAGUCAGCGGAUGCACAAGGAUGCGUGGGUCACUCGCCAACAAUGUUUUGUUCACUGUGUUGUUCACAACUUUCUAGUGUUCUAAGGUUACUUCAGUUUGAAAACCUCAACUAGACAGAUCAACAAUAAACUGAUAGAAUGAGUUACACAACCAUUUUAUGGAAAUAUAUAAAUACUGUAUAAAUGCAUUUUUGAAAUUCUCUGCUUACUAGCUAAUUGCACUAGAGCUAAUAUAAUAAACUGGUUAAGGUUUAUGCCCAGAAAUAUUUAAGACUAUAUGUACACUGAUUAUGCUCAAUACUAUUCAUGUAGAUGAGACCUGAGGGUACAUCUACAUAUAGUGUUGUGUAAUAUAUUUCAUGAGUAGGUUAGAAAAAUAGUUAUGCAAUAUAAUUCAAUAUUAGGCAGUAUAUUUGCCAGUUAACAUCCAAGUCCAUGUUUGCUUUGCUAUUAGUGUUUAUAAAUGUUGAAAUUCUACUACAGCCAAUCAAAGUUUGCAGUUUAGUGAAAUUAUCAACAUAAUAUUUACCAAGCAGAUGUAUACAUUUAUACAGUAUGGUUCAAUAAUUAUUCAUCACCUUUGUCCACCUCCUUUGCUGCCAAAAGCUCAGGUUAUAACAGAGUAGAUGUGAUGAAUAACAAUGUCUACAGCUCUCUAUUCAAACCAUAUUUUCAUUAAAUACAACCUGGAUGUGGCAUACAUUAUCCCUGGAUGUUUUUAAAUAAUGUGUGCUGCUAUCAUUCACGUUUCAUAUUUCCCUAAAUUAAUGCAAACAAAAAAGGUAGAAAGGUUAGUGAGUAUAUGUUCAGAAAAGACGUGCUGUUUUACAUUCAGAUGGUACAAACCUCAAUGUCACUUUAAUUGUUACAUGUCAUUUACUGUCUGGUAGAACUACUGAGAAGAC